UGCAAGGCGAAAGUCGCUGAAGGGGGCGGGGCGAGGCGAGAGGAGGCGGGCGUGUGUUGUGGAGGAACGUGUGCCAUGGCGGAGCCUGUGGGGAAGCGGGGCCGCUCGUCCCGAGGUAGCGGUGCCGGCCGAGGGGGUCGGGGCGGCUGGGGCGGUCGGAGCCGGCGUCCUCGGGCCCAGCGGUCUCCAUCCCGGGGCACGCUGGACGUGGUGUCUGUGGACUUGGUCAGCGACAGCGAUGAGGAAAUUCUGGAGGUCGCCACCGCUCGCGAUGCCGCGGACGAGGUUGAGGUUGUGCCCCCGGAGCCCCCGGGGCCGGUCGCGUCCCAGGAUAACAGCGACAGUGACAGCGAAGGGGAGGACGGGCGGCCCGCAGGACCCCCGCGGGAGCCGGUCAGGCGGCGGCGGCGGCUGGUGCUGGAUCCGGGGGAGGCGCCGCUGGUUCCGGUGUACUCGGGGAAGGUUAAAAGCAGCCUUCGCCUUAUCCCAGAUGACCUAUCCCUCCUGAAACUCUACCCUCCAGGGGAUGAGGAAGAGGCGGAGCUGGCAGAUUCGAGUGGUCUCUACCAUGAGGGCUCCCCAUCACCAGGCUCUCCCUGGAAGACAAAGCUGAGGACUAAGGAUAAAGAAGAGAAGAAAAAGACAGAGUUUCUGGAUCUGGACAACUCUCCUCUGCCCCCACCUUCACCAAGGACCAAAAGCAGAAAGCAUACUCGGGCACUCAAGAAGUUAAGUGAGGUGAACAAGCGCCUCCAGGAUCUCCGUUCCUGUCUGAGCCCCAAGCCACCUCAGGGCCAAGAGCAACAGGGCCAAGAGGAUGAAGUGGUCUUGGUGGAAGGGCCCACCCUCCCAGAGACCCCCCGACUCUUCCCACUCAAAAUCCGUUGCCGGGCUGACCUGGUCAGAUUGCCCCUCAGAAUGUCGGAGCCCCUGCAGAGUGUGGUGGACCACAUGGCCACCCACCUUGGGGUGUCCCCAAGCAGGAUCCUUUUGCUUUUUGGAGAGACAGAGCUAUCACCUACUGCCACUCCCAGGACCCUAAAGCUCGGAGUGGCUGACAUCAUUGACUGUGUGGUACUAGCAAGUUCUCCAGAGGCCACAGAGACGUCCCAACAGCUCCAGCUCCGGGUGCAGGGAAAGGAGAAACACCAGACACUGGAAGUCUCACUGUCUCGAGAUUCCCCUCUAAAGACCCUCAUGUCCCACUAUGAGGAGGCCAUGGGACUGUCGGGACGGAAGCUCUCCUUCUUCUUUGAUGGGACAAAGCUUUCAGGCAGGGAGCUGCCAGCUGACCUGGGCAUGGAAUCUGGGGACCUCAUUGAGGUCUGGGGCUGAUACCCCACUCCCUGUUUGAUGGCCCAGCCUGGACUUGGGGAGAAUGACUUUCCCUUUUUUGCCCCAUAAGGGCUAGCAUAAGCUGAGGUAGAACUUAUCUUUAAGCUGCAGCAAAAUCAAGGAGUGACUUUUGUCCCUUCUCCUGUUGACCCUGGUUUAGAGCCGUUAACCACUUGGUGAGUUAUGUGGGUGUUGUUGCCCUGGGUGGCCUGUGGCUCCGUCCACAAGUCAUGCUGAGUUUUGCAGCCUCUGUGACAUGGAGAUGUCCCCUCACCCCUCCCGUUUCACCAUCAUCCUCUUUCCCUCAUGGAAAUGUCUGCUCUAUGAAACUAUGCACAUAUUGAAAGUGAGUUGAAACAAAUGAGGGUUGGGUAGGAGCUUCCAGGCCUGGGAUUUACACCACGCCUAGCCCAGCAGAGGCCUUAGUCCCAUUUGGGGCUUGGGAGUGACAUUUGCUUGAGGCUUAUACACUGGUGUGGUUGCCUGGCUUGCAGGAAAUGACCAAGCUCACACAUGCUGGCUGAAGCAUAAGCAGACAACUGGGGUACUCUUUUGAAGGAUGAAGGUGGUGGAUUCUCAGCCCUGGAGGUCUUCCUCACCCGAGGACCCUUCAGAGCCACCCUUUCUAGUUUACAUUUCCUGGUGCACACAUUUAAGGCAUAAUAGCACAUUCAUCCCUUUGGUUUGGGAUCUCAGGAAUACAGUCCCAUGCAAAGAUUCUCUGGUUUUAUGGCUUUUUUCUUUUUCUUUACACCAUCCUCUCCCAUAAGCACCCACAUCUUUGAAUAUGAAUGUAUUUGUAAAAUACCACGUUUCAUGUGUGAAUAUGUGCUUUUACUGUACAUAGUGCUAUUGUGCAAUAGGUCUUAUGCCGUUUUCACUCAAUGUGUGCUAAGAUCUAGCCCUGUUGACUCUUCUAGAAAUGCAGUAUUGCUUUGACCUGCUAUGCGGCACUUCGCAAUGUCAAUUGCAGUUUACACACAUUGCCUAAAGUGGGGGACACCUGGGUGUCCCUGACCCCUUGGCACUGGAUACAGGCCACGAUAAACAUCCUUUCAUGUGUUCCCUUCUGUGCUUGUGUGGCAUAUGUACCCAAGAUGGGCUUAUAGGUCAUAGAGGUCAGUUUCUCUAUGGUUUUCCAGAUUUUCUUCAGAACGGUGACUGACCCUCCUACUUGAGGCCGCCCUUUUCUCCUUAUCCUUGCCAGCACUUGUAUUGCCAGACUAUCUAAAUUUUGCCAGUCUGAUGGGUAGAUAGUGGUGCUGUGCUUUAAUAAACAUUCAUCUGAUCAGCA